ACUUUAAAAAAAAAAAAGAGAGGAGGGUGACCGGAAACCCUCCUCUCUCGAAACCGAAACCCUAUCAACACAAGACUCUUAUCUCUUUAUCUUCUUUUCCCCAGCCACAGAACAACAAUAUUUACAAGAGGAGGGUGACCGGAAGUUGCGAAUGGAUCAAAGCUCAGUUGGGUCGGAUCCAAGAAGAAACCCGAUGACUCUCUACCAUACACGAGGUGAACCCACGGCGGAGCUUCUCUUCCUCUGAAGCGGAGACGGAGAAGACAGAGGAAGAGGACGAUGGUGGUGAAGAUAUAUGAUGGUGUGCGACAUUCAAUACCACCACCAAAAGCUCGGUACUUUCUCCUCUUAGUUCUUUCUUAGGGUUUCGAUUUGGGAGAUUUUCAGGUUUGGGUUUCGAGUUGUCUUGACAAUCUGUUUAUGUGUCUAGGGUUUUGAUUUUGGUUGACUAUUUGUUUCUGUAUCAAGAGUCUCGAUUAUGACUAUCUUGACAAUUUAUUCCUGUCUUGAGUCUCUGUCUUUUAUAUCUGAUUAAUCUUCUCUCUGGUCUUCACUAUCUGGUUUAUCUUGUAUCUGAUUUAUCUUGUCCCUGGUCUUGAUUAUCUUAUUUAUCUUGUCUCUAAUUUAUCUCGUCUCUAAUUUAUCUCGUCUCUGUGUUAUUGUCUUGUAAUAUUAGCUAGUUUAUAUUGUUAAUAGUCUCUGUGUUACGAUUUUCUCUCUGUUUGUGAUGGUUCUUUGUGUUGUGAGUCAGGUGGAGGAGGAGAGAGCUCGGAGACAGUGUCUGAGAGUGAUGAUAUGUUGUUGUAUAGAGGUUUUAAAAAGAAGGACGAGGAUUGGUGCGGCGGCUGCGGUGACUGCAUCAGGAAAGAUGCCUCUAUGCAUCUAACUUUGCAAGAUCAUCAGCUUCUGGUGCCGCCUCUAAGAGUUGGAUCACUGGACUCUUGGCUCUUCCUGCUGCAGGAGGUUUUUUCUGCUGAGAUGGAACACACUUUCAUUGCGAUCAAGCCUGAUGGAGUGCAGCGAGGACUGGAAUUCAAGCUUGUUGGUAUCAAGGUCGUUGUUCCUUCCAAGGAUUUUGUACAGAAGCAUUACCAUGAUCUCAAGGAAAGACCUUUCUUCAAUGCCUCGUGUGACUUCCUUAGCUCUGGUCCUGUUAUCGCCAUGGUAUGGGAAGGAGAAGGUGUGAUCAGAUACGGACGUAAACUGAUUGGAGCCACCGAUCCUCAGAAAUCUGAGCCUGGGACUAUCCGAGGAGAUCUUGCUGUUGUUGUUGGGAGGAACAUAAUCCAUGGAAGUGAUGGACCAGCGACUGCAAAAGAUGAGAUCAAUCUGUGGUUUAAGCCUCAAAAACUCGUCUCUUACACCAACAACGCUGAGAAGUGGAUCUAUGGCGACAACUAAACACCCUCUUUCUCUCUUCUUUUGACAUCCAAUAAAAUUGUUCUUGUUCCUUUACCCCAAACAAUAAAACAAAAAACAGGUAUUACGCAUACAAACACAUUCCCGGUUUUGUGUUUUCUCGGUGAAC